UCCCUUCCUCCCUCUCUCCCUCCCUCCCAGCUCCUGCACCAGGAAACGGCCCGGAUCCCGGCAGCGGCCUGACCCGUGAGAUCCCUAACCUGGCAGGCGGGCGGGGUUGGAGACUGGCUGAGGUGGGGAGCUCCACGCUGGCCGGGAGGAUGAAAGGCCCCAGCUGGGGGCUCCUUGCCACCAGUGCCGUGUCUUAAGAGCUGCCAUCCCGGCUAGCUGCCCGGAUGGCGACCCCAGCCUCGGCCCCAGACACACGGGCUCUGGUGGCAGACUUUGUAGGUUAUAAGCUGAGGCAGAAGGGUUAUGUCUGUGGAGCUGGCCCCGGGGAGGGCCCAGCAGCUGACCCGCUGCACCAAGCCAUGCGGGCAGCUGGAGAUGAGUUCGAGACCCGCUUCCGGCGCACCUUCUCUGAUCUGGCGGCUCAGCUGCAUGUGACCCCAGGCUCAGCGCAGCAACGCUUCACCCAGGUCUCCGAUGAACUUUUCCAAGGGGGCCCCAACUGGGGCCGCCUUGUAGCCUUCUUUGUCUUUGGGGCUGCACUGUGUGCUGAGAGUGUCAACAAGGAGAUGGAACCACUGGUGGGACAAGUGCAGGAGUGGAUGGUGGCCUACCUGGAGACGCGGCUGGCUGACUGGAUCCACAGCAGUGGGGGCUGGGCGGAGUUCACAGCUCUAUACGGGGACGGGGCCCUGGAGGAGGCGCGGCGUCUGCGGGAGGGGAACUGGGCAUCAGUGAGGACAGUGCUGACGGGGGCCGUGGCACUGGGGGCCCUGGUAACUGUAGGGGCCUUUUUUGCUAGCAAGUGAAAGUCCAGGGCCAGGUGGGGCUAGGUGUGGCUGGGGGCCAGGAGAGCAGGAACAGAACAGAGAAAUGCCCUUGGAAGAAAUGGAGUUGGUGGAUGGGUGGGCAUGGAACAGGAUGGGCAGGGGAAGGGUAGUGUGUGAGGCAGCUGAGUAGGCCAGGUAGGCGAUUGGAAGAGUGAGCAGGACACAUAGGUGAGGGAAAUGUUUUGGCAAGUUUAGGGACGCAGGAGAUGGAGUCGAUCCAGGGCUGGGGGAGGUGGGAGGGAUCACACCUAUAGGUGUGGGCACAUGAAACGACCUGGAACUUGGUUCGCAGCCCUGAGGAAGGUGGACUUGCAUAAGCAGUUGUAUUCCAUUAGAUGAGUGGGAUUUGGGGAAUGCAGAAGGCACAUCCUUUUGGAAUGGAAGCUUGGGGGUUCUCAGUUGAUAGGGAGAGGUGGCUGUAACAGUGGGCUGCUUGGACACGCGUGUGCAUGUGCACGCAUGCUGGUGUGCAUGCUGGGCUGCCUGGCAAAUCUGGUGGUGGUGGGAUUCCUCAAGGAGAAAACAUUCCCACUUGCAAUGGCAAGAACUAGGGGCAGUUCUCUGUCCCUCCUCCCAACCCCUCCUUUCCCCUGCCCUUGUCCUGAUGCCUCAAGGCUUAGAGAGAAACAUUGUAUCCAGACCGAGGGCUCUGCUGCUUCUCUCCAGAAAGUAAUUGGCAAGGCUUUGAAGAGAAGAGCAGUUCUGCAGCUGGCCUUGUUCCUUCAUCAUCCCCCUUCCUUGUGCAUCAUGCACUUGCUGCUGCCUCCCGGGCUCUGAUAGAAGGGCAGGGCUGUUGAGCCUGGAUGGGUGGAGGCUUAGGUAGCUGGACCUGCCUGCCACCCUCCUCUCCCACUCAGGCACAAUGGUGCCUAAAGUGUUUCCAAUCUCUGGGACCACUGUACCCAAACUGAACCUCUAAAUUGGGGCCCUAACUAAUUUUCCUUUCGAGGUUGUGGACAUAAGUGCUGAUCUUGAGUACAGUCUGGGUCCCACACUGUGUCUCAGUGAGACUGUUGAUGCCUUGAGAGGACCAUUUCAGCCCUGAAUCCCAUGGGUGUGAGGGUGAUGGGCACUCCAGGACUGGCCUAUGCUGUGUUGUGGUCUUUGGUUCGGCUUUAUCAGGGGCCAGGCAUAUGGGUUCUAGAGUACCUACCAUGACCUAGAAGCAUUUAUGAUUUAUUUGAAGCCACACUGUUUGCAUGGGUGUUAUUUGUCUGUACCUCAGAGUCUGAGGAUGUUAACUUUGGAACUCACAGUCCUCUAGAACAGCUUCAGAUUAUGGCUUUUUCUUUUGAGGAAGAAAUUAUUCUCUCCAGUUGCAUGCCCUGAGCCAGACCUCACUGCUGCACUUUCCAAGGUGCUAAGAUUGCUGCUCUCCAAUGCUAACUUUCUGACACAGUGCUCUAGAACCCUGCCUGUGGUCCUGAGCACUGAUCAGCUUAGCUAGACCAUGGUUGACUCUUCUUGGAGAUUUUCACUUGGUCCUAGAAUGUGGCAACGUAGUUGUGCUCGCUAGAAUGUGGGACCAAAUUGGCCUCAGGUGUUUAGUCCAGACUUCUGCUUUUGAGAGAGGGCUGCACUUUUUAAUGGUAUUUCUAGGGGAGGUGGUAGGCUGCAUGUGCCACUUGGUCUUGUUGUGAGUAUGCUGACACCAGAAACUCAGAGCCAGCUUGUGGCAAGCAGUUGGGGUGGGGGGUCUCUGACUUGCUCAGGACAAACUAGGCCAGUGGUUUUCAAACUGCUUGGCAGAGCCCUGAAGUUUCCUAGGGGUUGCCUCAGGAGUCCUUGGGGAGAUGAAGGGGGUGGGGAGUUGAGCAGGCUGGGCAAUUUGCCCUCAAACUGAACAGCUCCCCUUGUAGCUGUCUUACAUAUCGGGGUUCAGGGUAAGAUUUUAUUUGCAUUAGGGGUUUGCUGUUGAAAAAAUGUUGGAAAACCACUGACUAGACCAUCGGCUCCAAAUUGGAACCUGUGCUUCCUUCCCCAGGUUUGGAGCACACUCUUCACCCUACCCUCUACCACAGGACGCAUAUCCCUGUUAGCAUUCCCCGGGACCUUUAGCCAAGAGGGGCUGCAGGGACCAUGGCCAGGUUACCGAAAUGCCCUGCUCUGAAGUCUUGACACCUGGGUGGAAAGAGAGGCUGUUUUCUGAAAGGGUAAAGGGCUUGGUCUGGAUUCCCAGAAACAGAGCUUAGAUGGGACCACAGUGAGCAAUUUUGACCUGUCCUGCCCUUCUUAGCUUGAAGGGAAACCCCAGAGACUCUUCUGUCAGGGAAAACUAGGGACUCUCUUCUAGAGCCAUAUAGUUCCUUGGGAUUAGCUCUUGGCCAAGAAGGCUAAGUAUGGCUCCCAAUUUUUAAAUCCAUUUCAUUUUUUAAAAAACAAGGGAAAUAAAUGUAAUUGCCAUUUUUCAACGAUUAAGUAGGAGGAGAGGGGUUUCUUGCUCUCCAGAGCCCAAAGGGACUAAUAGAGACUUUGCUUAGGCCAAGGAAGGAGCGGAAGUAGGGCAACUCGGUCCUGCGAUUAUUAAUCCCACUCCCCACUUAUUCUAGGGCACACAUACACUAUUUUACUUUUUUAAAAUCAUAAAACGGCAGAACAGAUUUGGUUAGUUUAGAAGAAAAGAAAGCUCUAUAAAUAUAAAUCUAUAUUCCUGUAUUUUUAUUUAAUAAUUUAUAAAUACCAAGUUCAUUUGACUUUUAUUUUUGUGUAAUAUGUAAUGGUCGUAUUAAAAAAAUAAAUAAAGCCCAGAAGUUUAAUGAGAA